AUGGAUCUCGAAAGACUCGGUGUUAAGGAAGGUGUCAAGCUCACUGAAGAAUAAUACAAUGACGUUCUUGAAAAGUUGUUCCUUUCUAAGAAAAUCAGCUUAUUGAAGGCUAUCGUUUUUAAGAGAGAUAUUGCUCAACAUUUAAUUUCCAGACCUGAUUAAUCACUCACUGAUCCCUACACUGCUACUGACUGA